GCCGGGGCAGGCAAGGGGACAGACAUCUGCAGCCUGUGGCUCCAAAGCACCUUCCCGCCCGCCAUGGACGUGAGCUGGCCCCUGGGGCUGCUUCUGCUUCUCCUGCGGAAGCCCCUGACCCACGCUGAUCCUCUGUACAUCCUGGUGACCCCCCGAGUCCUGAGGGUCGGCAGCCCCGAGAACAUCCACAUCCAGGCCCACUCGGACUCCGGGCAGCCCCUCACGGGGGCGCUUGAGGUGAACCUCACGGUGUGGGACUUCCCCAUGAGGAAGACACUGGUGGCUCGGAGUCGUCUUGUUCUCUCGCCAGGAAACAACUUUAUGGACCAGACACCUGUGACGGUUCCUGAGAGCCUGAUAAAGCCCCCACAACUGGGGCAACAGUAUAUCGUCAUCCGGGUAGCGUGGGCACCCACUUCGGAUCCCUCAUACAUGGAGAAGAUGGUGCUGGUGGCUCCCCACGUUGGCUACAUCUUCAUCCAGACCGACAAGCCCAUCUACACCCCUGAGCACUUGGUUCAGUACCGGGUGUUCACUGUGAACCACAAGAUGGAUCCUGUGACAAGGACAUUCACUCUGGACAUCAAGAACCCGGAGGGUGUCACCGUGAUCAGCCAGUUGCUGCUGGCCAGGGAGGGCUUCUUCACUAACUCCUUCGACCUCCCAGAGCUCGUCAGUUUUGGUACAUGGAGCAUCGAAGCCAGUUACCCAAGUGCCCCCAAACAGAGGUUCAAGGCCACCUUCGACGUGAAGGAGUAUGUCCUGCCAUCUUUUGAGGUCCAGCUGAUUCCCAACAAGACUUUCUUCUACCUCAACGACAAGGCUCUGGGCGUUGACAUCCAAGCCCGGUAUAUAUUCAACAAGCCAGUGGAUGGACAUGCUCUGGCCAUCUUCGGGGUGAAGUUGGAUUCCCGCCGGAUCCCUAUCCAAAGCUCCCUACAAAGGGUGGAGGUCUCUGCAGGCCUGGGCCACGUCUCCCUCCAGAAGGACACACUGAUGGCUGCAUUCCAAGGCCCACAAGAGGACUUCAUCGGAGCCUCAAUAUUUGUCAAUGUCACCAUGUUCUCCUCAGGGGGUGAAAUGGUCCAGACUGAGACUUCAGGGGUGAAGAUUGUCCAGAGCCCAUACAACAUCAAGUUCAUCAGGACACCCCAGUAUUUCAAGCCAGGAAUGCCUUUCCACUUUCAGGUCUUCGUCUCAAAUCCUGAUGGGUCCCCAGCCUCCAGAGUCCUCAUCCGCUGCCAAACCCACAAAGUGUACACCUCAACCGAUGGAGUGGCCACUCUGACUAUCAACACAGAUGGAGAUCUACACCAACUCCCCAUCCUGGUGGAAACUGAGGAGUCUCUCCGGCCAGAGGAACAGGCUUCAGCCAGGAUGACAGCUUGGCCUUACUCAACUCAGAAUGGGUCAGGGAACUUCCUGCACAUCGAGGUAAAGACAUUGGGCACAGAGGUUGGCAGCAGCAUCCAACUGAGCCUCAACACAAGGCAUCGAGACCCUGCAGCAAAGGACCAGAUCACUCACUUCACCAUCCUGGUCUUGAGUAAGGGCCAGAUUGUGAGUGCCAAACAUCAAUUACAAAGCCUGGGGAGUGUCUACACGUCAGCUAUUAUUGAUGUGACUUCAGAAAUGCUGCCCUCCUUCCGCAUUCUGGCCUUUUAUUUACUGCCCAGGGGAGUUAGCCAGGACCCUGAGCUGGUGGCUGAUUCCAUAUGGAUUGAUGUGAAUGACAGAUGCAUGGGGACGCUGAAGGUUGGCUUAAAGAAUGAUGGAUUGUUCCAGUCUUUAGAGCCCCAAAGUGUAGUGGAUCUGAAGGUGACAGGUGAUGCAGAGGCCACAGUGGGGCUAGUGGCUGUGGACAAGGCUGUCUAUGUCUUGAGCAGCAAACACAAACUCACUCAGAAGAAGGUCUGGGAUGUAGUAGAGGAACAUGACAUUGGCUGCACAGCAGGCAGUGGAAAAGACAGACUUGCUGUGUUCAAGGAUGCUGGAUUGGACCUGAAAAUCAGCACAGGGACAGACACUCUGGCAAGCUCAGACUGGAAGUGCCCCCAGGACUCUCCUCCCAGCCGCCGUCGCCGCUCUCUGAAGAGGCUGGAGACAAAGAGGAAUGCAGUGAACAAGUUCAAGACAGAGCUGGAACGAAAGUGCUGUGAGGCUGGGCUCCGGGAAAGCCCAGCGGGGCUGUCGUGUGAAGAGAGGUCCCGGCAUGUUCGCUAUGGUGCAGCCUGUGUGGCUGCUUUCCUGGACUGCUGCCAUCUGUCUGAGACCCUGACCCGGGAGGCUCGGGAGGAUCAGCUGAUUCUGGGGACAAUGGAUGAAGAUGAAGACUUUGAUGACCUCUUCCUUGAUGACAUGCCUGUCCGGACCUUGUUCCCCGAGAGUUGGCUCUGGAGGAAGUUUACCCUGCCGCAAAGCGAAUCGGGCAUCUCGCGCUACUCCAUCUCUGUGAACGUGCCAGAUUCCAUCACCACGUGGCAGUUCGUGGCGGUCAGCCUCAAGACCGGACAAGGUCUCUGUGUCUCGGAUCCCUUUGAGCUGACAGUGAUGAAAUCGUUCUUUGUGGACCUUAAGUUGCCCCCUUCCGUGGUCAGGAAUGAGCAGGUCCAGAUCCAAGCCGUGUUGUACAAUUUCAGGGACCGCCAGGUCAAGGUCCGAGUGGAGUUCCCCUACAAGGAGCCUCUGUGCAGUGCAUCAAAGCCGGGAGCCCCAUCCCGCCAGGUGGUGGUCGUGCCCCCAACUUCCUCCAAGAUGGUGCCCUUUGUGCUUCUGCCUCUGGAAAUAGGCAAAGUGGACGUGGAGGUCAAGGCUGUGGGCUACGGGGUCCAGGACCAUGUGAAGAAGACCCUCUUGGUCCAGGCAGGGGGUCAGAUACAGCUAAUGUCUCACAGCAUCCUCCUGGACCCCCAAGGUCAGACCCAGGUGGAGCGGGUGCCAAGACAGGACUUUUUGAACAAGGUGCCCAACACGCCAGCAGAAGUGUUUAUCAGUGUCCAAGGUGACAUCCUGGGUGAGACGGUCGUGGGUAGCCUGUUACCCAGAGAAACACAGCGGCUGCUGAGGGUCCCCACUGGCUGUCCCGAGCAGACGCUGAGCUCCCUGGUGUCGGUGAUCAUCCUGACCCAGUAUCUGGAUAGCACUGGCCAGUGGGGCAAGGUCGGGGUGGAGCACAGGGAACAGGUGAUGAAGAACAUUGUCAGUGGCUACAUCCGGUUGCUGACGCACCGCAGCGCAGACGGCACCUACCACACCUCCAAGGGGAGCCCAGGAAGCACCUGGCUCACGAGCUAUGUGUUCCGGGUCUUCUCUCUGGCCUACUCUACAAUGACAAUCAGCCUGCUUGACCUGGCGUCUGUCUGUGCCAUUGCCAACUGGAUCAUCACCCAGACACAGGCGGAGGACGGGCACUUCUUGGAGAAGGGCCCUGUGGUCAUGACAUCCAUGCAGGGUGGCUACCAAGGCUCCGAGGCGGACAUAUCCCUCACAGCUCUUGUCCUGAUUGCCCUACAUGAGGGAAAGGAGUUGUGCAGCCAGAAAGUACCGAAAUUGGUUGCCAGCAUCGAGCAAGCCCGUGGGUUCCUGGAGAGAAAACUCCCUGACAUUCAGACAACCUUUGCCAUAGCCAUAGUCUCCUAUGCACUGGCCCUCGCCAACAGCCCUCGAGCCAAUGACCGCCUGGACAGCUUUGCCAGCCUCGACAAAAGCCACUGGCGGGUGAAGGAGUGGGACCUGCGCUCCCUGUACACCAUUGAGGCGACGGCCUAUGCGCUGAUGCAGAAGCUGACCCUGGGUCGGUACAAUGAGACGCACGCCAUCGCCAAGUGGCUCCUGGAGAAGCGGGAGCUGGGAGGAGGCUUCUUGUCCACCCAGACCACAGUGGUGGCCAUCGAAGCCCUGACCCACUUCUGUAAAGCUGUCCCCUUCGAGGGCGACCAGGAUCUCCGCGUCGAGAUCAGUGUCCCCGAGAGAGCCUUGCACGUGGAGUGGCUAAUUGACCACAACAGUGCCUACCUGCAGCGGUCAGCAAAGUUCUUGGCCAACGAUGAUCUAGAGAUCAAAGCCAGUGGCAGUGGUAAAGGAACCAUUUCGAUCCUGACCAUGUACCACAGGUCCCCAGAGUCCUGGGAGGACACCUGCAACAUGUACCACCUAAAUGUGACUCUUCAAAGUACCCCAGAAGAAAAUAAAAAGGGAGAGGAGACCUUUCAGCUCCGUAUGGAAACAAGGUUCCAGGGCAACCGAGAGGCCACAAUGACCAUCAUGGAGGUCUCCCUGCUCACCGGCUUCUACCCCAACCAGGAUGACCUCAAACAGCUCACGAGCGACGUGGAGAUGUACGCCUUCCAGUAUGAGACCAAGACAAGCUCCAGUGACAGCACAGUUGUCCUCUACCUAGAGAAGCUCUCCCAUGAGGAAGACACGGUGCUGGGCUUCCGCGUCCACAGGAUGCUGCAAGCGGAGUUCCUACAGGCCGCCCAGGUCACCGUCUAUGACUACUACGAGCCUUCCCGGAGGUGCAGCGCUUUCUACAACCUGCCCACAGAGCAAUCUUCCCUGCGAAAGAUCUGCCACAAAGACGUCUGCAGAUGUGCAGAGGAACAGUGCCUGUCCCCGAGGAAGGGCAGCAGCCGGCUGAGGCAGGAGGAUCUCCAGGCAGCGGCCUGUGAGGCUGGCGUGGACUUCGUGUACAAGGUCAGGCUGGACUCUGUGGAGGUCUCUGCCUCCAACCCCUACAUCUACUACAACAUGCAACUCCAAGUCAUCAUCAAGAGUGGAACGGACCUUGCUGUGCCCCUCACCACGAAGAAAUUUGUCUCCCACGCCACCUGCCAUGAUUCCCUGGGCUUGCAAGAACAGGAAUCAUACCUCAUCAUGGGCCAGACAUCAGACCUGUGGAGAGUCAAAUCUGAUUACACCUACGUCCUGGGCAAGGAGACGUUCCUCAUGCAUUGGCCAUCAGACAGAGACAUGAGCAAGAAGGAAUUGCUGGACCAGCUGGAGGAGUUUUCUGAAUACAUGCACACCCAUGGCUGCGAGUCCUGAGACUCCGAGGUCUCUGCUGCUCUCAGGGAGGUGUCUCCAAGCAGGUCUGGGCCACUUGGCUUAACCCCAAAUAAAGAGGACAAAAAAAUAUCAUA